AAUAGCAUCUUUUAGAAUGUGAGGCACAUUUUUAAGUUCAGAGACAACUGCUUUAUUUUCUAGAGAUAGUACCACUGUUUUUUGUUUUUUUUUUCCAGGACCUACAAGAUUAUUGAGAUUAUAAGGUAGGCACCACCGUGACGUAGCCUGCCACCAGCCACCCUUUCCUCCCUCCACUCCCACCGUCACCGCCAGCCUCCCAGCUGCGUCCGCCGCUGUCCUGUCUGGCCGCCCCGGUGUCUGCUCCGCGCUCUGCCCCGCUCCGCUCCCAACCCCCGGACCCCUGAAGCCUGUGCCUCCUCGUUCACCAUCCCGGCUCCCGGACCUACCCCCCUCUUUCCACCCGGUGAAUGCGCCAGCGACCGUAAAGCAUGACGGGCAUCGCCGCCGCUUCUUUCUUCUCCAAUUCCUGCAGGUUCGGGGGCUGCGGUCUGCAGUUUGAGUCUCUCGCCGAGCUCAUCGUCCACAUCGAGGACAAUCACAUCGACACAGAUCCGCGGGUUCUGGAGAAGCAGGAGCAACAGCAGCCCACCUACCUGGCCCUAAGCUACAUCAACAGGUUCAUGACAGACGCAGCACGCCGCGAGCAGGAGACCAUGAAGAAGAAGGCCACGCCCAAGCUGUCCCUGUCGAUCACAGGCGGCAUGUCCCGGAACAGCACGGCCACGCCGCCGCGCCACACCAGCGGCAACCUGACCCCUCCCGUCACGCCCCCCAUCACCCCUUCCUCCUCGUUCCGCAGCAGCACGCCUACAGGCAGCGAGUAUGACGAAGAGGAGGUAGACUACGAGGAGUCGGACAGCGACGAGUCGUGGACCACAGAAAGCGCCAUCAGCUCCGAGUCCAUUCUGAGCUCCAUGUGCAUGAACGGGGGAGAGGAGAAGCCGUUCGCCUGCCCCGUCCCCGGGUGUAAAAAGAGAUACAAGAAUGUGAAUGGCAUCAAAUACCACGCCAAGAACGGCCACCGCACACAGAUCCGUGUGAGGAAGCCCUUCAAGUGUCGCUGCGGCAAGAGCUACAAGACGUCGCAGGGCCUGAGGCACCACACCAUCAACUUCCACCCGCCCGUCUCCACGGAGAUCCUCCGCAAGAUUCAAGGCUAGAGUCCUGCGCUACCAGUCAGCUACCCCCGAAACAUUAGCCCUGUCCUGACUCUCCUCAUCCAUCCCAAACACUAAAGGAUCAAGUGCAUGCUUUAAGUUGUUUUUAUUGUGUCCCUUUUUUUUUUUUUUUUUUAUAUCCAUCUUUGCGUUCUUCUUUUGCCCUAUCCACGUAUUAUCACUUGUAUUUUUGGGGAAAAAAACUAACUAUGUAUCUUUGUAGUAUUUUUUUUUUUAUUGAUGUACAUUUGCACAUUCGUAUAUGCUAUCAUUUUUUUAUUUUUAUUUUUUUCCUCAACUGUUUUACUUGCAUAAGGUGCUAACUGUAAAAAACAGCAAGAAAAGACAAAAAACAAAUGAAAGAAAAGCGGAAAAGUAGUGGGAAAAGGAAGCGCGAGCGACUCCUGCCCUUUUAUUUUAAUUUUUUUUUUAUUUAAUUUUUUUGUUUUUCCUCCCGCUCAUCUCUGAGCGGGAGGAACGAGAGCCGGGCUGUUUCGAACGCGCCGCGUCCGCUCGCUGCAGAGUCCCCGCCGAGCUUAGGUCUGUGCCUUCACAGCUACUUCUGGGAGUUUAAGAGCAAGAGUUAAGUUAUACUUAGAACAGAUAUAUUGAUAUAUAAACAACAGACAAAUAUGUAUGUGUACAUAAAAAAAAAGUAUAAAAGUAUUCAUGAGCAUAUUCAUAGUUAUUUUAUUUUGAAGCUUUAUUUUAUAUAUAUUUUUUGCCAGUGUUUUAGAGGUAGUGUUGUUUUUUUUGGGUUUUUUUAAGUGUUCAUACUUACAGCACAUUCUCAUUCACUGACGGCCCUGGUAAGGAUGGGUAGAAAGCCUUCAGGUGACCAAGCCUUCUUUUGCAGCAGCAUAAUCUCUUAGACAAAUGCAGACAUUUCUGAACUUUUAAUCCAAGUAGUUAUUUAGUGGGGGGGAAAAAAGAAAAAAAAAAGUCUCAUAUUGAGAAAUAUUUGUUUACAAAAUCACCCUUGCUGCACUUAUUAGCACCAAUGCUGUAUGCUAUGCUGCCCUCCCUUCAAUAAUGUUUCACUUUUUCAGGUUAUUAUCCCAUUGAUAAUCUAGUUUUAGAUUUUAUGGCAAACUUGAGAAAUAUUUAUUUAUGACGUCAUGUGCUCAACAAGGUUACCGUAGUGACUGUUUCAGGCCAGACCCACAGAGAUUUUCUGGUGUUGAGGAGCCCAAUCUUGGUCUCAUCUGACCCACUAGAUGAGUCCCAAACAAACCUGUCAGCAUGUAGAUGCCUCCUAGUGGUCGUUAGGGAGACUUGAUUGCCAUUUAUUUGCAGUAGAAUAGACAGUAAAUGGGCAGAGAGAGAAGCGGCAAAGAACCCCAGACGGCCGCGUCGCAGAUUGAAUCAGGAUUGCACCGAUUGCAGUUUUCUGGCCGAUGACCAAUCUUUAAAAAGCCUGACCAGCUGACUGGGAUUAUGGGCCACUACCAAUUUUUUUAUUUAUUUUUUUGACUGAAAAGUUGCUACAUAUAGCAACAAAGUUGCCAAGUUAGUAACAGCGGGGCGAGUAUUGUUAACUGCACAUGUGCAGAAGUAACCUAGUGGGACAGCAGCUGAUUUUCAGACCUUUUCAGGGGUAGAUAAGAUCAGUUUCUCAUGUUAAGUACUGGCUGAUCGUCCUAAAUUAAGAAAAUUGGGGAAGAUUUAUUGGUGCACCUGUAGUUUGAGUCCAGUUCCAGAUGCAUUAGUUGACUUGAUUAUGGGUCUAGGCGAGUUCAGGAGAAAAGCUGCUGUCUUCUAGCCAUUUCCUGACUUUUUGAGAUUUUCACAUGAAAUUGCAUGUUCUCUUGUCGUUCCCAUUUUGAAGAGUAGCUAAUGGUGUCAUUACUUUUUCCCCCCAUCCCCAGGAAAUCGAGGAUAACUAAAUAAAAGUUCAACACUAGUAAGCAUAAAACAGUGAAGCGUGAAUUACGAAAAUGCUACAUUAUUUAUUGUAUAGGAGUGCCAAUAAUUAUGGAUUUUGUUAGUAGUCCUCGCCUAACGUGUUUUUGUGCCCCCCCUCCACCCCCCGAAUGAACCUACUCAGAUUAAAGGGUGGAUUCUGCUAAAAAAAAUAAAAUUACGCUGCUGCUGCAAUAAAAGCUGAAUGUCUCUAAAGGCUUUUUCCGUUUCACUAUCGGAGGCACUUGAUUUCUGUGUGCUGUAUUUUGCUGAUGUUCUCUUUUUUUUUUAUUCCUUCAUUUUACACAUUCUAAGACAUUAUUUUUUAACGUCGAUCAGGAAGAGAGACCACGGCCCACGGCCGAUGUUUGAAGCCACGUCGAGCCAUUCAGCAUUUCCCUCGCUCAUAGUGCCAGAGCUGCCGCUCCACUCGCUCGGCCUCGGAAAGCAGGCCGAGCAUCAUAUAAUGUAUUCCAGUUGCCAAGAGCUUUUGUUUUUUUUUUUGUUUUGUUUUUGUUUCCAUGAUCGUUGCCAACAGCUCUCCACUGCCAAACAUUGACCAUACCAUGUGCCUGAUGGGAGGGAGAAACGGGAGGUGGGUGGGGGGGGUGUGAAUGAUAGCGGUUUUACGGUGGAGGUCGCCAAAAGAAGUGUGGCAACGAUUUCUCUUGUUCAUCGCGCCUCCAAAGUGUGCAUGGAUGAAUGUCUUCAUGCAUGCUUUCAGAAAAAAAAUAAUAAAAUAGAAGAGGUUACAUUUGUAUUUAAGAGAUUAUCAUCUACAACUUGUCUGUGUGUGUUGUAGAGAGCAGCAUUCCAGUCCGUCUGUAUGUGUGUGUGUGUUUUUUCCAAGCAGUGUCUUCAUCAGCAUAGGGAAGUGUUCCUGUACGUGUGUGUUUAUCAGUGGUCGGGUGUUUUCACGUUUCUUUUGCCGGAUCGACUCAAGGGACCGGAUUGUCACGCUCUCUCGUGUUUUACUCUCAAUUACCAGGGUCGAGCAAUGCAGACUCGAUCGUUCCUCUCAUACAGACUUUAUAUUCCAGUCAAGGCUCCGAGUUUGAGCCGCUUCUCUUCUUCUUCUUCUUCUUCUUCUUUAUGGAUUCCAACGACACGCACUCCAAAUCCUCCUGUUUGCAAGUUUCUUUUGGUCCAGCUCCGGGUCACGCCACCCGCCUAUACUAACUGAUAUACUGUCACUUGGUGCGCUGCUGGAUGACCAAGCACAAGUCUGCGACGACAGACUGGAGGAAGUAGAGCGGCGGGCGUAUGCAGAAGAGGACUCGGGGACUCGGGAAGAGUUCAGUAUACCAUGUACAGUGAAUGUAAUGUAACACGUGUCUGUCGUCAAGUGCUUUUAAAUUAUAUUUUCGUAUGUAACGUGGAGACCAACGUUUCCUUUUUGUAUGGGAGGUUUAAACAGGUUCUGAGGAAGAAUAAGUUGUAGGUGAUGUCAAACUGUCUUUCUCUAUAUAAAUAUAUAAAAAAAAAACCCAAGCUGCUUCAAUGUAAAUGACUGAAAAAAAAAAACAGCAAAAUAAAGUGAAAACCCCCCCACAGCUCAGACUCGUUUGCUUUUUGCUUCCCCGAAUAAAGAAAAAAGAGCAACAGUCACGUUCAUUUAGACGAGCGUAAUUUAUUCUUAAAGAUCUUUUCAGUGCACACUUACACUAAUUUCCAGACAUUCUCACAUGAGAUUAGCGUUGGGACAUGAGACGUACACAAAAAGGGGGCCGCACUCCUUGAACCUUUUCCCAUCGCAAAAGUAAACUAUGUGUUUUUUUUUUUUUUUGUUUGUUUUUUUUUUUUGUGGUCACUUUUGGGGAUUUUAAGUGAUCGACCAACGCAAGGCAGAGCAGAAUUGCGGCAUUUAUGUACAGCCCCAUUUACUUUGCUACCUCUAAAUGAAGUACAGAAAAUGAUCCAGUCAGAAGAGACAAAACUUCAAUGUUUCGACCUGCAUGGAAAACCGAGAUUCCCCCAGAACACACCGUCCCCCAUGGUGAAACAUGGUUGUGUCAGCAUCAUGCUGAGGGAUUUUUUAUACCUAUUAGGAAAACACAGGAUUGUGAUACUACUAGGGACGCAUCAACAACUAUGUCGGCUGAUGCUAGUCAUUUUUUUUUAAAGUAUCGGUCCGGUAAGAUAGACUGGGCCGAUAUUAGCAGCUGAUGUUUAUUCAGAUUUACCGUUUCUGUUUCAUCAGGAGGUUGACGUUGUUGUAUUUGUCCAGUCGUGUGAGGCAUUACAGCAGCACAAAUAUUUGAUAUCAACUUCGGCCCAAAUUUUCAUAUCGGUGCAUCCGUAAAAUUCCUGGAUGGGUUUUUGCAUUUGUUUCCCACAACUCUUCAGUCCAGUGUUCACUGAAGGAAGGAAAAUACUAUUUUCUUUCUGCUUCACAAUUAUGUGCUACGUUUUAUUAAUCACAUAAAAUCCCCCUUCCAAAAAAUACAUUAAAGUUUGUGCAAAAUGUGGAAAAGUUUAAGGUGAGUGAGUACUUUUUUAUUUAUUUAUUUAUUUAUUUUUUUGCAAGACGUUAUAGUUUGUGAAGCCCUGGAUGCAACACUGUUAACACUGCUGUAACAAGAAAUUAAAAGACACGAAGCUCAAAACACACAUUUAGAUGUUAUGAGGGCAAACAGACCUGCACACAAAGCCGCGACCUCUUCACAGUUCUAAGCUU